ACAAUUCAAGGCCCAUCUCAAACCUUCUAGUCUUAACUCAAAUCAACCAAACUCUAUGCCUAUAAAUUCCUUAUAAUCACAAUUAUAAAACUCCCAAGUACAAGUAAUCAAACCUCAAAACUCACACAAACAUUCACAAACUCACAACUUUUACUUUCAUUCCCAAUUACAUACUCAAUAUGGCUUCAACAACAUCGAUGUCUUUACCAACUUUUUCUUCUUACACUUUGCCACUCAACAAAGCCAAAUUACACUCUAACUCUACCAUUGUUGCACCUUGCUUGGCCACAUUUCCUUCUAGAAAAUCCCGAGUCCCGGCGGCGAGAGCUCAGGCCUCCGGCGAUGGCCAGGACACCGCCGUCGAUGUUCAUGUUAAUCAAGGCUCAACUACUAACCAAGCUGUUGAAAAGAGGCCUAGAAAGUUGGCCAUGGAUGUUUCACCUUUUGGGUUAUUAGACCCAAUGUCACCAAUGAGAACAAUGAGGCAAAUGCUUGACACAAUGGACAGACUUUUCGAAGACACAAUGAUGUUAUCGCCCACCGGAAACCGCCCCGGUGGGGCGGUGAGAACACCGUGGGACAUCAAAGACGAAGACAAUCAAAUCAAGUUUCGAUUCGACAUGCCCGGGCUGGACAAACAAGAUGUGAAAGUGUGUAUUGAGGAUGAUUUUUUGGUAAUUAAAGGAGAACAUAAAGAAGAAGAAAGUAUUAGAAUAUUUUAUAUAUGGAAAUUAUUUUCUAAUUAAGGAAAUGAUUUUCUAUUUAAGGAAAUAAAUAAAUAAUUGAUUUUCUGAUAAAUGAAUAUUUUAUAUUCAUUGAAUCUGAACAAAAUCAAUUAUGUAAUAUUCUAUAUAUGGUCAGAUUUCUAUAUUCAUUACCUGAUUUGAUUUCCUGAAUUAAUUGUCAAAAUAUUCUGACAAUUAAUGUGGCGCAGAUACUGAUGGAGUAUCUCACCUAUAAAUAUAGGGUCUCGGUCCCCGAGCUCCUCACUCA